AUGGAUGGUGGCUACGGGAAUUACACCACCACCUCGUACGGUGCGCAAGGUGGCAUGAGCGGCGGAGGAUUCAUGCCCGGCGAGAUGAACAGUCCAGCUGCGGGGAGACAAGUGGACAACAACACACUGCGCCCCGUGACGAUCAAACAGAUCCUGGACGCCACGCAGCCUUACCCUGAAGCGAACUUCCAGAUCGACGGCGCCGACAUCGGCAGCAUCUAUUUUGUCGGCCAAGUACGCAACAUCAGCUCCCAGAGCACGAAUGUCACAUACAAGAUCGACGACGGGACGGGCGAAGUCGAGGCCAAGUUAUGGGUCGACAUAACCACCGCUGGAAUGGACGAUAACAUGGAGGUGGAUGGCGCAAAAGCGGGCUCGUCAGGGAAAGUCAAGGUCGAGCUGAACGGCUUCGUCAAGGUCCUGGGCAAGCUCAAAUCGAUUGGGAAUAAGCGAUUCGUGGCCGCGCACACUGUCCGGCCCUUGACGGACAUCAACGAGCUGCACUAUCACUUCCUCGAGGCGACGGCCAUCCACCUCUUCUUCACACGGGGACCUCCACCUGCUGCUGGAGGAGCAGGAGCAGGAGCGGCGAAAGGUGCAGCUGCUGGGAUGGGUGGUGGUGUAUCUCACGACCCCUAUGGCGCCGCUGGUGCCGGACAGGGACGCCCUCUGCCUGCCAUGUCACCUGCCGCCCGAAGGGUGUACAACCUGCUGAAAAGCGAGCCGCAGAGUAACGAAGGUCUGCACGUGCAAUUGAUCUCGGCGAAACUGAAUGUCCCUGUGACAGAGGUGACCAGGGCAGGAGACGAGCUGCUCAGUGCAGGAUUGAUAUUCUCGACCGUGGACGAGAACACGUGGGCCAUUCUCGAAUACUAG